GUAACAUACAAAUGGCUGAGUUAUACUCUGGGAGUUCACGUCAACCAGGCUAAACAGAUGCUGUAUGAUUAUGUAGAAAGAAAACGAAAGGAGAAUUCAGGAGCUCAGCUUCACGUCGCUUACUUAGUAGCAGGAAGCCUCAAGCAGAAUGGACACCUUUGCCACAAGGUUGCAGUAGUGAGAGAGGAUCAACUUGAAGCAAUGAAGUCUAAACUGGCCACGAUUGCGAGCGUGCAUGUCUACAGCAUUCAGAAAGCCUUGCUCAAGGACAGCGGCCCGCUCUACAACACAGAUUAUGAUAUUGUCAAAACAAACCUGCACAACUGCAGCAAGUGA